AUGCCCUUGUCUCUCUCUUCGAGCCUAUCCCUCCGGCUCUCCCCCAACCUCAUCCAACCAGUAGCACCGGCAGCGUUGGAGCCGAUAUGGCGUGGUGGCCGCCGCCGGUGCCAUCCGCCUCGGAGCCUCUCAUGCCUCCCUCAACUCCACCGGUCACCACAACCCCCCCCCCCCCGCCCCCGCCCCCCGCCCCCUUCCACACAGGCGGCGCCGUCCCUCCUCAGGCGCCUCUCCCGCCUCCUUCUCUUCCAGAGAAGUGCCGACGCACAGCAGCACCACCACUCCCCCCUCCUCCUUGCCAUCGCCUCCGCCCCCUCCUCUGUAUCCUCCCACGCCGGCCUCGGCAGGCACGCCGGCGGCGCCGUCCCUUCGCCGGCGCAUCUCCUGACUCCAUUGCCAGGUCAAGGCCCCCACCCAGCAUCACCACCACCUCUUCCUCCUCUUCCCCAUCCCCUCCGCCUCUUCCCCGAUGCUGAACUCCGCAAGUACGCCGGCGGCGCCGUCCAUGAUGAAGUGACAAACCAAUCAGCGACGGUGAUUUUUCCUACUUAUACUGGUAUGCUCACAUCAAUCGACGGAUUGGAGCGAGGAGAAAGCUCAAAAGGGCGAAAGCGUGCACGUGAAGCAAUAAGAUAUGCUAGCCGUACACCAGAGCAAAUCCAAGCAAGGCGAGAACGUGUUAGAGCACGUCGGCAAAAUUUGACACCUAAGGAGAAGGAAGAGAUUAAUGCACGAAGAAGAGAGAAACGACAGCGUAUGACACUUGAUGAGAGAAAUGCAAGCCAGCGAGCACGUAGGCAAAGUUUGACACUAGAGGAGAGGCAAGAAAGAAAUGCACGCCAACGAGCGCGUCGGCAAAGCCUGCCACCGGAAGAGCGGCGGGCACUUCUAGCUCAACGUAAUGCAAGUUAUGCAUCUAGACGAGAUACCCCAUGCAUGGAUUCCAUUGUAUCAAAUUGCCCUACAGGUUCAUUGUUGGGACAUGCAUCAUCAAGCUCUUAUGCCUUUAGUUACCCAAGUACACUGACUCAAACUUUUUCUACAAUUCAAGGUAAUCUAGAAAGCAUACCUGAAGGAAUGGAAGAUGAUCACAUAGUUUUCACUAGCAAAGGUGACGCUAAUACUGUCCAGUGCAAGGAACUCACAUCGGUGCAAUGUCCAACAUCUACAUCAGUGGACAGUUCAUCAUUGGCCCCUGAUGACUCCAUAUGCCCAGGUUCCCCAACGGAAAGCUUUAAUGUGGAUGAUGAUUAUUCUCAUAUGACCGAAGAAGAAGAUGAUGAGUACUUCGCAUUUGCUGGGAGAGGGAACACUGAAGAUUGCGAUGACAUGAAUAUACCAGAAAGUACUCACACGCUGGUGCCAAAGCCUGAUUGCAAGCAUUGCGGCGCAAAGAGGUUCCAGUAUGAGACAAAUGGAUUUUGUUGCCAGUCUGGAAAAAUUAAGUUAGCACAGUCAGAACCACCCUUGGAACUUCAGAUGUUGUACACAAGUUCAGAUAGUGAUGCUGUACAUUUUAGGGAUAACAUUCGCUACUUCAAUGGCCACUUUUCAUUCACCACUCUUGGAGUCAGUCUUGACAAUAGAUACACAAACAUGAGGUCAGGAGUCUAUACAUUCCGAGCCCAUGGUCAGAUUUACCACAACAUCUUCUCAUUUGGUCCAACACAAGAUGGACCUAAGCAUCUAGAGUUAUACUUCUACGAUGAUGACCCCAGUCUACAACAUAGGUUUCGGCGCUCCCCGAACCUAGACCGAGAUGUCAUUCGAAGGCUUGUCGACAUCCUUAAGGAUAAUCCUUAUUCUGAAACAUUCAGGAAUCUAGGUGGAGUCGAUGACCUUGAGGAAUAUCGUAUUGAACUGAACACCGACAUGAGGUUGGACCAACGGAGAUAUAACUUGCCUAUAUCAUCAGAGGUUGCAGCUAUUUGGGUUGAGGGUAAUGAACUCUGUAAUCAUUUUGACCGUAGCAUUGUCCUGUUUGGUAAUGACAACAAGAGAUAUAGCAUCCAACCAUAUUAUGGAUGCUAUGAUCCAUUGUCUUACCCUUUGUUCUUCCCAAGAGGGGAUAUUGGUUGGCAUCCUGAGAUCCCAAAGAACGGUGUCAGCUUGAAUGAGAUACUUCAAUCCCGCCGCAGUGGUCGAAAGAAACCAGGUACAUGUACAAGUAGUCGAUUAUGUGUCUCGGUCAGAGACUACUAUUGUUACAAGUUUCAAAUACGUCGUGGUGUAUUUAACACCAUGCUAUACGGUAAACGACUGUUCCAACAAUAUGUGGUCGACAUGUACAUCAAGGUUGAAACCUCUAGGUUAGACUAUAUAAGAAAUCACCAGAAACAAAUACGCUCUGAUCUAUACCAAGGUGUUGUUGAUAGCCUUCAAGCUGGGGAAAACCGUGCGGAUGCUGUGGGCAAAUGGAUUGUACUUCCUACAUCAUUUAUUGGGGGAAGAAGAGAUAGGAGACGAAGAUACCUUGAUGCCAUGGCCUUGGUGCAGAAGUAUGGGAAACCAGAUAUCUUUUUAACCAUGACUUGCAACCCGAAUUGGGAUGAGAUAAUUGGUGCGUUGGAGCCUGGACAAACCCCACAGGAUCGCCCUGAUCUUGUUGUACGAGUAUUUAGAGCAAAGUUGGAAGACCUCAAGAUACAACUUUUCAAAAAGCACAUGCUCGGCAAGGUAGCAGCAUAUGCAUAUGUUGUCGAGUUCCAGAAAAGGGGUCUACCACAUGCUCAUUUCCUCCUAAUCAUGGAGGGGAGGUACAAGCUAACAUGCCCAGAGCAAUAUGAUUGUAUCAUAUCUGCUGAAUUGCCAGACAAAUUCAAGUACCCUGAGUUGUACAAGAUGAUCGUCAAGCAUAUGAUGCAUGGCCCUCGUGGAGUCCUAAACCCCAAAAAUGUGUGCAUGCAAAAUGGUAGUUGCAAGAACUACUAUCCACGGCCAUUUAAUGCGUCAACUCUUCAGGGAAAGGACUCAUAUCCCAUAUACAGGAGGAGAGAUGAUGGACGUCGUGCAAAGCUGGAAAUGGUGUAUGGGAUGGAGGUGGCGUCCAUGUGA